GCAUUUGUUCAAAACGUGAAGCUCAGCGAAAAAUAUUUCGAUUUUCGGGUUUGUUAAUUUUGAGUUUCAUGCUUAAUUAUUUUUCGUUUACCUUGGUCAGAUGACUGAUAAAUUAAUAUGUUAGAUAUGUAAUGUGUCUGAUUUUUGUUUCGAUAAUGGCUCCUGACAAAUUCGGCACCGUCCUGUUUUUAAGUGUUAUCAUUCAGUUCACCAGUCUCACGCACUCUUACAAUGUUGACGAAAACUUCAUGAAACAACUAGAAGAGUACAAGCAAAGGUAUCACGAAAUAAAAAAUGCAGAGCAAAAGUAUACAGGCGCAAAGGAGAUACCAUAUGGUGAGCUUAAACCUUACUUUGAUAUUACAAUUCCUGAGAUACGUGAAAUGUACGAUGACAGCGUGAAAUCUUACGUGUACAAAUACUACGUCGACAAGAAUGUUCAGGUGUACAAGAAGUACCUAUUCCAGCAAGUCAUCGACGAAUGGUUUCUGCACGUGCCAUGCUACACAAUGAAGGACAUCGGCGCGGGAGCCGCUCUUAAAUGCCCUCCCGACAAUCCUGACCUUGGGAAGGGUCAAUUCGGCAUUCCAUUCAAAGGUUCUGCCUGCGUUACCGAUCAAUUCGGUUGCUCCCUUCAAUACCUCCCAUCCUACGAAAUGUACGUCAUUUCGAUCGACGACCUGCGUCGUUGCGGGCCCGGCAUGAUCCACUCAUUCGUGGCCAAAACUCUAGGCGUGCGCAGUCCGAUCCAAGAGCCCGAUCGAAACGAGCACGUCACUGUCAACUUUGAAAACGUCGACAUUGGCCUGCUUCCUUCAUCCUUCGAUGAUCACAGCUGGCGCGAAUUGGUCGCUCCGCAGUUGGAGGAUCUCGACAGCUGUCGCAAAACUACCGAGGAGAUUUACCAGAUGAAGACAGCCACCUUCCCGAAAGGAAUCUUCGACUAUGGUUCGGUGCUCGUACCAGGAACUUUCCAGUACUCCGACCCCCUCGAUCCGCGGGCCGUGACCGUCACCAAAGAAAUCUACGAACAAGUACGACUGGACCGCUCCAAAUACGGUCACGACUUCCGCCUAGCGCUGACGGGAAACGACCUCUUCCGCAUGCGCUUGUUCUUCACGUGUGGCGUCAACGGCAAGUGCUUCCACAAGAACGGCGUCUGCAAGAACAUGGGCUUCGUCGGGGCCAGUCCCCUUCUCGACAUCGGCUUUAAACACGACCAGGGUGUCAGUUGUGAAUGUUUUUGCCCCUACUCUGACCUCAAAGGACAAUUCUGUGAGGUCAACGCCUUCAUGAAGUAUAAAUUCCUGGACACGAAGGCGAUGUGCUUUAAGUUUAUCACGAAAAACGGUAAAUUUGAUGUCGAGGAAGAGCGAGGGGAGCUGGAGACAGAGCGAGGGAGGAACGUGCUCGCACCCGGCGCAAAAAGCUCGUUCGUCUACGCCAAGAAGGACAUCUUCUCUGAUGCGGAAGCCGGCCAGCUGACCCAAGACCAGGACAAACUGGUGGCCAUGUUCCAUCCUCCUGCCGAGAUGAAGAAAAUGGGCGGCCUGGCCGUGGCGCCGGAUGUGUGGGUCUCAAAACAAUGGUGCACGUUUAUUUGGGCCCCACAGGCCACCAAGAGAGCCGUGGUUACCGUCGACCCGUCUCGACUCUGGGAGUCAAAGGAAUUCACGCAGGCACUUCCCGAGAUCACUAAAAGUCUCAUCGAGAAGCGGGGCGACUGUCAGCGCGCGCUGAAAUUCGUUCAUUCACACGGCCCGGAUCCAGCCAAACUGCGAGUGAAGUGCUUCUCGAUCAUCUACUUUAGUCCUGAGAGACCGUAUAUGAUAUGGAGUAAUACCAGUGCGCUUUCGGCCUACAUCUACUGGGAUUGGUAUCUUUCUCAGGGUAUUGCCCGCCAGCUGAAGCACGCUAUGAAGCUCACACUGAUCACUAAGUUCGAGUUGGCGCCCGAUCAGACCCUAGGAGCCAAACCGUCCGGACCGCCGCCAAAACUGGUGGAGAGACCCGAUCCGCCGAUGCUCAAAGGCACCACCGAGGCGUGGAUGAACCCCGCCUAUCCAAUGCAAGACUGGUUCGCCACUGUCAAGGCGGACAACUCGAAGAAGAUAGCGCUCUUCGUGGUCGGUCUAUUACUCACAUUGGCUAUGCUGGGAGGCGGCGGAUAUCUUCUCUAUUACUUUGUCGUCAUCAAACCAACUCUGGACGACGACACGGGCUAUGAAAAGGUCGAGACGGCCUAUAACACACCCGGAGAGGCGACUACACCAGCCGGAGGUAGUUCAGAGGGCCUCAAACUGGACUGAGAAACCGACGCACCGCGACAACGCCAUCUAUUGACGGAGAGUGCGUUAGCGAUGGGGGUGACAUUUAUGGAGUGGUGGAGGAACUUUCGGUCGGUUAGGAUGAACGAGCGGUCGAUACGAAAUAUUUUUUAUGAAAUAAAUGAUGUUUUUUUUACAUUCAUCUCGAACAUUUCGUUCUAUAAUUUGGUUAUUUGUAAACGGAUUGUAAAUGUGUUGUUGGCUGGACAGUGGACGUGUCUCUAAUUCACGAACCAGUAAAAGUACAAUGAUGUAAGUUUCAUAACUCA